AUGGCCAGUGACUCGGACAUGGCCAAUGACAUGCUGCGCGAACUGUUCCCAGGCGCCUCCACGGUAGAGACCAGGCCCAUCUGCGACCCUUCGUCCGACGGUGGGGAAGGCACCGCUAGUGAUCGUGUUGGGGAACUCGAAAAACAACUCGCCACCCUCACAAGGUUCCACAGCUGUCUUUUAUACGCCGUUGCCAUGGCUCGUAUGGCCGUGUUCGCCGUCGACAAUAACCAGGGGAUUACGAUGGCGGGAGGAGCGAGCAGCCUGGCUCGCCACCCUUCAAAUACUGGCAGCAGCGACUCUACACCGUACAUCGGAGAGAACGUAUACAACGCCUUCAGGCGGCUGAUCUCGGGACCUGCCGACAAACGAAUACCCCCGUUCUUCGGAUAUGGCCGCCAAUAUCGAGCACAUUUCGGAGUGCCUCGUGAAACUCCGGGCCCUGGCGGCCACACCAAAGGCACCGGUCCCGAUUGUGCUAUGGGCUAUGUCAUCGACACGACGCCGUUCAGGGGCCAGACCCAGCCGAGUCGUAACGACAAUGACGGCUACACGGCGGUAGACGAAUGUGCCGCUGGGCUAGGGGAUCAAGCUCUGAACGCUACGGUCCGUCUGCUGCAGACUCAAGUUGCCAGUGUCGUCAGCGUGGCUGAACGGCUUUUGGCUGACAAGCAGUUGGCCCAAUGGAAACUCCAAGAGCAAAUCCAGGGGCUCGCGGACGCCCUUUUGACCCUCGUUCGUUACACUUCGGACCUCCCCAGCGCCAGGCCCAUCAAUAUACAAUUCUCCGUGCCGAGCGUCAUCAAAGAAAUAUUCGAGGCACUCCAACCCCUCGCUGAGAACAAGGGACUGCUUUUCCGAUUUGACAUCGCAGAUGAUGUCAGCAUUGGUUUUGAAGUUAUGGGAAACCCGGGUCACUUACAACGGCUCCUGAGCAGUUUACUGAGGAAUAUCAUCAAAGCCACAUGUGUAGGCGAUAUCCGCCUCUUGGUAUCCAAGGAGCAAGGCGACUCGGGAAGUACGAUCCUCAGAUUUGUCAUCACAGACACGGCGAGAAUCGGCGGAGCAUCUUCUCCGGCUGGCCCCUUGGGGACGAUGGAAUGGGCCUGCGUCCAACACGAGCUCGGCCUUUGCAAGGCCAUGGUGGAGGCCAUGAAUGGGCGCAUGUCCUUUAAUUCAGCAGCAGGGACCGGCACCACAACCAUCAUUCGGAUCCCCUUCAACUUGCCAGCCAGCAAGGCAUGUCCUCCUCGAUUUGCCACUCCACCGUACAGCCCCUUUUUAUGA